AUGGAUGAAAUAAGUGAAAAUGUUCUUAUUGAAGAUAAUUUAACAGCGCAGCAACCAACUCUUUUGUGGAAUGAUGAUUAUUUUUUAAGUAUAGCACCAGGUGAAUAUAAAAGGCCAGUCAGUAUUCUGAUGGACAAACAUGCAGAAGAACUAUCUUUUCCAACAAUCUAUGAAGAUAAGUUUCGAAUAUACAGGGAUAGUGUCACUGUUACUCCAUUCAUGCAAGCUACCAGUGAACUUCGGCUUACUGAUAGGCGUGCUACUGACAAACAACACAUUUUAUACAUCGCUGCUAAAAUCACGAGGCUACGAGUUAGUAAAUAUGUCAGCGUUGCGUUUAAGCAUAUUGGCCAAGGUACUUCAAUUACGAAAGAGACCAUUCAAUCUGAAGGUUACAUAAAUUAUUGUUUAGAAACAAAUCUUGCAUUUCUUCGCUGUAUACCAAACUCUGCUUGGUUUUGGACAAAUCGCAAAAAAGAUCAUUUUGCAAUGAUUAGUUAG